UUGACCGCCCAACAAGCAGGUCUCGGAAAAAGCAAGCGCCCGCAAAUAUCUCGAGUGAUAUCGAUUUAUUAAUUGACGACGUCACUUUAUCAUGUUAACUGAAUUUCUUUAAUUGAAUUUUUCAAGACAGUGUCGUGACAAGGGUUUCUAAUUACUUCGAUAUAGAUCUCAACAAGUAAUGACUAUUUCGAUGUAGCGAGCAUGCGGUGUGGAAAAAGAAAUUCAGUGAAGUAGAAAUAUUGUCAACGAUGAGUCCUGUUUAUACGAUCCAUAAGAUGCGAAUAGAUAAUUCCAGUUCGCAACUGCGCAUGAAAGUGAAGCCAGAGGACAACUGGGCUCGCCGCCAAUGGCGUCGUGUUGCCCGUGUUUUCGGAUUACGAUCCGAUAAGGGCAAGAAAUCAAAGCCUGCUGACUUGUUCUUGGAUAAAUUUUCUGCGCAAGAUUUCCAAGCAGCUGACGAGCGUCCGAAUCAAAACAAAAGGAGCAAGUGGCUGUGCGGGUUCUCAUUUAAUCCGACGCUGCCUACGCACUACCAAUGGCUGGCAAUUGUAUCUCUUGCUAUCUUAUACAACAUGGUGUUCGUGAUCGGUCGAUCAGUAUUUUGGGAGAUGGAUAAAGGCUCCUCAUUUUGGUAUAUAAUGGAUUAUAUUUGCGACAUAAUCUACGUCAUAGAUACGGUUGCUCAUAUGCAUGAAGGAUAUCUUGAACAAGGGAUUAUGGUUCAAGACCCGAAGUUGCUCCGACAGAACUACAUGAAGUCGGAGGCCUGGCCGUAUGAUUUUUUAUCACUACUUCCAACUGACUUAGCAUACUACUGGUGGAGACCGGGAUCAUGCGAUUUUGACCGCUUGCCAUGCCCUGUUAUUGUACGUUUGAACCGACUUCUUCGCUUGCCACGAAUGUGGGAGUGGUUUGAACGUACGGAGACUGCCACCAGCUUUCCAAAUGCUUUCAGAAUUUGCAAGGUUGUCAUGGCAAUUUUAGUACUGAUACAUUGGAAUGCAUGUAUUUUCUUCGUAAUUAGCUAUGCAAUUGGAUUUGGUACAGACAAUUGGGUUUACAAUAUAACUGGUUCUCGAAACGAAACGCUAUCACAUCAGUAUAUUUACAGUUUUUAUUGGUCCACUUUAACUCUUACGACUAUUGGCGAAACCCCUCAACCUGAAAUUGACGUUGAAUAUGUUUUCGUUGUGAUUGAUUUUCUUGCCGGUGUCCUUAUCUUUGCUACGAUUGUUGGAAACAUAGGUUCCAUGAUCUCUAAUAUGAACGUCGCUAGAGUUGAAUUUCAAAAUAAAAUGGAUGGUGUUAAGCAAUAUAUGGCAUUUAGAAAGGUGAGCGGUGAACUAGAGGCAAGAGUUAUUAGGUGGUUUGCUUACAAGUGGGCAGAAAGUGGUGCGCUUGAUGAAGAAAAUGUAUUGUCAUCCCUACCAGACAAAUUAAAAGCUGAAAUAGCAAUUAGAGUCCAUUUAGAUACAUUACGAAAGGUGCAAAUUUUUCAAGAUUGUGAACCAGGGUUACUCCAGGCGUUAGUUUUGAAACUGAAACUUCAAGUUUUUAGUCCUGGGGAUUAUAUUUGUAGAAAAGGAGAUGUCGGAAAAGAAAUGUAUAUAGUAAAACGUGGGCGUCUGCAAGUAGUAGCUGAUGAUGGUCAAACAGUUCUAGCGACUUUAGGUGCGGGUUCCGUAUUUGGGGAAGUUAGUGUUCUUGAUAUAGCUGGCAAUCGGACAGGUAAUAGACGAACAGCUAAUGUUCGAGCUAUUGGAUAUUCUGACUUGUUCUGCCUAGCUAAGAGAGAUCUUUGGGAAGCCCUAGCUGAUUAUCCAGACGCCAGAGCCACUUUGACUAAGCGCGGAUGCCAAUUACUGAGGAAGGAUGGCUUGUUAGAUGAAACGGUCUUUGAAAGUGCAAAAACAACUCAACUUUCAAUGGAAGAGAAUAUACAGAAAUUGGAAGAAAACGUAGAACUUCUCAAUAAUCGUUUACAAGGACUGCUCGCAGAUUUUGGUGAGGAACAGGCUAAGCUAAAGAAGAUGAUUACGGUUCUUGAGACUAGGUUGCAUAAUAUUGAGAGUAUGGCAUAUGAUACUGAUGACUCCACGUCUGAAAUGCAAAGCGAGUUAAUUUUUCGAGCGAGUGAUGGCGCAAGUUACACUGAUACACCUGUCUCGAUAAAAUGCACUUCAGGCGUAUCAAUCAACCAACCUGCGCGUGAUCGAAUUCAUUCACUUUGUGUGGAAAAUUCACCUGGACUUUUGCAAAUGUCAUUAGAACCACGAAGCAAAUCCCUACGCAUGAAGAAAUAAAUCUGUCGAAGAAGUCUGGCGGCCUAUAUUAUAUUAUGUAUUUGUAUAGGUAUUUAAGAUUUGAAUCUAUCUUUGUAUUACAAUUUUAUAAGGCUUAUGUUUAACAUAUCACCAAAUAUAAUAAGCAACGACAAAAAUAAUUUAAUGCUGCCAAAUAUAGUAAAUAAUCAUUAAUAUUUUUGAUUAUUAAAUUUCAUGUUACAAUACUCUAUGUAAAUGCAUUUGCAUAGAGUAUUGUAACCUAGUGAAAUUAAUUUCAGAAUGUGCACUUUUCAGUACAGUAUGUGAACGUUCCUAGGCUAAAGUAACCGAAGCUAAUGUAUCCUAACAUAUUAUAUAAUGCUAUUAUAUACAUGCUCAACCUUAAAUUUCAUAUGGUUCUGUUAGUUAUAGAUUAUGCGCUUUUCAAAUUUUUAUAUAUCAAAAAAAAGUAUGAAAGAAGUUAUUGUAAUUUGUAAUUUAUAUAACUUAAUGAGUAAAAGAAAUUAGUGUAGGUAUUAAUUUUUACAUACUAAUCAUCAACAAAACAAAAGCGGCAUUAUACUUAGUAAAAACGUAUCCAAACUAAUAUAUAAUCUAUGUUAUAAGUAUGGUUGAUAAUUAAACGACUUGCCUGUAUCGUUUAACAUUAAAUGUGAAAUAAAAUUGAAAAUCUUAUAAAAUUUUAAAUAUAAGAAAUAUACAACUUG